AUGAAUAUCCUUUCAUGGAACAUCAGGGGCAUGAAUGAGCCCCUGAAGCAAGCUGAGGUGAGAAGACUGCUUGCUAAAAAUGAUAUUUCUCUUGCUGGAAUUAUUGAAACUAGAGUCAGGAGACUUAACAAAGAUAGUGUUUGGAAGAAUAUGAAGCUCUAUGAUUGGAAUUUAAUUGAGAACUAUGAGUUUUCUGAUUUAGGGAAAAUUUGGAUCAUCUAUAACAAAACUAGAAUUAAGGUGCUUAAAAUAGAUUCUAGUGAUCAAUUUGUGCAUUGCAAAGUAGAGUAUGAUAACCACGAGUUUGAUUGGACUAUCAUAUAUGGGGCCAACCAAUUAAUGGAUAGACAGAUUCUUUGGCAGAAGUUAGUUCAAAUGUCUUCGCAAAUUACAGGUCCUUGGAUGAUUCAAGGGGACUUUAAUGCAGUUAUGGGAGAGAAUGACAGAUGUGGGGGCAAUGAGCUUGAUUCUAAUCAUGCCUCUGAACUCAAAGAUUGUAUAAACAAUAGUGGUCUUGUUGAGUUAAGAAGUAUUGGUUGUCUCUAUACUUGGAGUAACAAUCAGCUUGAUGACAGAAGGAUUUGGAGAAGACUAGACAGGGCUUUCAUUAAUGAAGACUGGUGUGUCAAGUUUCAGAACUCCUUCUUUGAAGCUGGUCCUAGUGGAAUCUCUGACCAUAGUCCUAUCAUGGUUGUCAUCCAGAAUAAUGAGAUUAGAAGAAAAGGAAGCUUCAGGUAUUUCAAUUUUUGGGCUGAUCACCCUGAUUACAACAGCAUUAUUGAAGAAGAGUGGAACAAAGAGUACAGGGGUUAUACCAUGUACAAGAUAGUCAAAAAGCUCAAGGCCAUAAGCUUUAGACUAAAAAAUCUUAACAAGCAGCAAUACUCAGACAUUUCUCAAAGAGUCUCUAAUCAGAGAGUGUUGCUUGAAAAACUUCAAAAUGAUAUUCAAAAUGACCCUCUUAACAACCAUUUGAUGGAGUAA